AUGCAUCACAAUCACGGUCCAGAGAAACUAGCGCCGAACGCUCGCAGCGACUUUCUGAGAAUAGAGAGCGAACCUCGCAAGCUCGCGCAAGGGAAAGUAGCGCCGAUCGUUCGAUUCGUCAAAACAUCAGAUCGUCAGAGGUUCGCGAAAUACAGUCGAGCGCAGAACGACGAAAAUCGAACAAGAAUUUCACAAACACGGGCAAGAGAGUGCAGUGUCGAACGCUCACUUCGCCUUGCAGAACAAAAUAAACGAUCUUCUCAGAUUUACGAACGAGAGUCGAGCUCCGAACGUUCACAACGCCUUGCUGGAAACAGAGAUAGAGACUCGCGGGCACGUGCCAGAGAAUCUAGCACCGAACGCUCGCAGCGGCUUGCUGGACUGAGAGACAGAAACUCACAGGCACGUGCCCGAGAGUCUAGCGGUGACCGCUCACAACGACUUACGGCACAGAGAGAGAGACAACGUGCAGUAGCAAUUAGAAGGCGUGAUAGGAUUUCAGCUCACAGCAAUAGAUCGGCAUUCAGCUACGAUCCACAAAUUAACUACGCCGAUCAAAACAGCAUUCAAAUUGGAGCGAUGGAUAAGAUAUGCCCUAAAUGUUCCGCGAAAAAAUGGAGAGACGAAGCAAUUGAACAAAAUGAACGAUCUUCUCAGAUUUACGAACGAGAGUCGAGCUCCGAACGUUCACAACGCCUUGCUGGAAACAGAGAUAGAGACUCGCGGGCACGUGCCAGAGAAUCUAGCACCGAACGCUCGCAGCGGCUUGCUGGACUGAGAGACAGAAACUCACAGGCACGUGCCCGAGAGUCUAGCGGUGACCGCUCGCAACGACUUACGGCACAGAGAGAGAGACAACGUGCAGUAGCAAUUAGAAGGCGUGAUAGGAUUUCAGCUCACAGCAAUAGAUCGGCAUUCAGCUACGAUCCACAAAUUAACUACGCCGAUCAAAACAGCAUUCAAAUUGGAGCGAUGGAUAAGAUAUGCCCUAAAUGUUCCGCGAAAAAAUGGAGAGACGAAGCAAUUG